AUGCUCUACCUAAUCGGCCUCGGUCUUUCCGAUGAAACCGAUAUAACUGUCAAAGGACUCCAGACCGUCAAAAAAUGCUCGCGCGUCUACCUCGAAGCCUACACCAGUAUCCUGCUUGUUGACAAGCCGGUUCUCGAGAAGUACUAUGGCCGGGAAGUAAUUAUUGCGGAUCGAGAAAUGGUAGAGAGUGCCAGUGAUGAGAUCUUGAGGGAUGCCCAGAAUGUGGAUGUUGCGUUCCUGGUUGUGGGCGAUCCUUUUGGAGCAACAACACACACCGACCUCGUCCUCCGCGCUCGCGAACUCUCGAUUCCUAUCUCUAGCAUUCCCAAUGCUUCGAUCAUGUCUGCCAUUGGCGCAACCGGUCUCCAACUUUACAACUUUGGACAAACAGUCUCCAUGGUAUUCUUCACGGACUCUUGGAAACCUGCUUCAUUCUAUGACCGCAUCCGUGAGAAUCGCACAAUCGGUCUACAUACCUUAGUACUGCUGGAUAUCAAGGUCAAGGAGCAGAGUCUGGAGAAUAUGGCCAGGGGCAGGAAAGUCUAUGAGCCGCCGAGGUAUAUGACUGUUGGACAGUGUGCGGAACAGAUGUUGGAGAUUGAGGGUCUGAAAAAAGAAGCUGGGGAAGGAGGGGUCUAUGAUGAAGAGUCUCUUGCGGUCGGAGCUGCGAGGGUUGGCGGAAAGAGUGAGAAGUUCGUCAGUGGAACGCUGAAGCAGCUCUGUGAGGCGGAUGAGGUGCUGGGUGGACCGCUGCAUAGUUUGGUUUUGCUGGGAAGAAGGACGCAUGAGUUGGAGAGUGAUUAUGUGAGGGAGUUUGCUGUGGAUAAGGAGCUAUGGGAUAGGAUCUGGAAGAGGGAUUACGAGGGAAAGCAAUAA